UUUUCCCAGACAGAGGCAACAUGCACGGAGGAUGCUGGGACCAUAUUGUCCGAGAAGGAGGAUGCACCAUCCGCCAAAUGUUCUAAUAGCGAUACACUCAUUUAAACGUGAAGCGUCUGAGAUGCGGCGUCGUUGAACGGUUUGAUAUUUCCAGCGUAGACCAUUUAUAAAUGUGUGUCGCUGUGUGUUAAAUAGGAUUAUUUGGCAGUGCAUAUCCUGUAUAGCCAAACGUACAGUGACUGCAAACACAAAAUGGGCUGGAUGUGCAUUAUUGGAGUGGAGUGAACCCGUUUUAUCGGCUUUAAUUGGGGCUUGGUUCGAGGACUGGACUGAAUCGUCUCGUCUGGUUUCAUUCACUGGUAUUGGAUGGGAAGAACUACGGAUGGACGUUAAAUAAAGGCUUAAAUAUUUUCGGUCGAGCUCUCCAAAACAAAUUUCGCUGCACCGACUGACACCCGUUCUCUCUGUCCGCGCGCCCGGCGGGAUGCGGCUGCGCGUCGAGGAGCUCUCCAAGCUGUUGUGGUGCUGACGCGGCUCUGAGCGAACGCGACGCGAGCAUGGCUGCGGGGAAGUUGCUGCUCUACGCCGGUCUGUCUCUGUCCCUCUGCGCGCUCGGGAUGCUGGCCGUGGCUAUCUGCUCCGACCACUGGUACGAGACGGACGCCCGGAGGUACCGAGAGCGGUGCCGAAGUUUCUCCAGCCGCCGGAAGGACCCGGGCUUUAUUUACAUCCCCAACAAUAGCCUCCCUCUGCGGGCGAGCCGCUCGCGCCUGGACCGCUGGGAGGAAAAGCUGCUGCUGGCGCGGAACAGACGGCAGCUGUUCGCCAUGAGCGCCGUCGAUGAGUGCAGCAGGCAGUAUAACUCCACCAACAUGGGGCUGUGGAACAAAUGCCAUCGGCUUGGAUUUGAUCAAGAUAUCGAGGACCUCAUUCGAAAAGGGUCUAUUGCAAGAUGCUCUUAUAUCAAGUACCACUACUCCUCGGCCACAAUACCCAAGAAUCUCUCUUACAACAUCACCAAGACCAUUCGUCAGGAUGAGUGGCACUCUCUAUCAAAAAACUCUUUUCAAUUUAGCAUUCCCUAUAUCUUGUGA